GCAGCCGCAUCAUCAUCAUCAGCAGCAGCAUCUUCAUCAGAAGCAGCAUCAUCAGCAGCAGCAUCAUCAGAAGCAGCAGCCGCCUGCACCGCGCUCUGCGUCAAUUUUUUUGCGUUUCUUUCUUUAAGCAACAACAACAAAAUCCAUCGCGACCUUGCCGCUUAUUUUCUAUUGCUCUAUCACCAAUAGCCAUCAUCUACACAGACGCGCAGUGUACAAUCACUCGACGUUGCAUGCUGUGUGUACGUAUGCACGCCUGGUUUAAUGGUGAUUACUGGUGGAUGUUGUUGAAGCGCGGCUAGAAUUGCAUUCCCCUCCUUUCGUCGUCUUCAUCUUCAUCAUCAUCACCCUCCUCCUCGUCGUCUUCAUCAUCAUCACCCUCCUCCUCGUCGUCCCCCACGAAGGGAGCAGAAGGGGCGAAGACUUCGCAGCUGAGACGAUCGCGUCCUCCCUCCUGCGUCGCCGUGCACAGCUAGGUGUGUGCGCGCGCGCGUGUGUGUGUGUCUUGUAGGCGAACGCUUCAACGUCGUCUCUCUCUCGUAGGAGAGAACGUAAGGAGGAAAAAGAAGACGUAAGUAAAAGGAAGGGGGGGGGGUAAGCCGGCUGCUUGGGCCCGGCGAGCACCAAAAACAAGCGAGAGGGAGAACGAGAGGGAACCAUGUCCCACGCGUACGACCGCGACCUCGAGUUCGAGCACUUCGCCGAGCGCGACAAGGGCCGCCGCCGCCGCAACUCCCGCGGCUCCUCGCGCGGCCUCAACGGCCUGCCAAGCCCCGCGCACAGCGCGCACUGCAGCUUCUACCGCACGCGCACGCUGCGCGCACUCAGCACCGAGAAGAGGGCCAAGAAGGUGCGCUUCUACCGCAACGGCGACCGUUACUUCCGCGGCAUCGUCUACGCCGUGUCGCCGGACCGCUUCCGCUCGUUCGACGCGCUGCUCGAGGACCUGACGCGCACGCUCACGGACAAUGUGAACCUGCCGCAGGGCGUGCGCGCCAUCUACACGUGCGACGGCAGCCGCCGCAUGCUCACGCUGGACGAGCUGGUGGAAGGCGAGAGCUACGUGUGUGCCUCCAAUGAGCCGUACCGCCGGCUGGAUUACACCAAGACGCUAAAUCCUAAUUGGUCGGUGAACAUCAAGUCCUCGGGUGGGAAGGCACAGAGUGCGGCGGGCUCCAGCCGGCAAGCUGUGGCAGGUGUCUCCAAUCCAGUUGAUGCCCAGAUUGAUUUUUUUGCUGGCUCGGAGUCACGUGAUUUCAUCCGGCCCAAGCUGGUGACCGUGAUCCGGAGUGGUGUGAAGCCACGCAAGGCCGUACGCAUCCUGCUCAACAAGAAGACUGCACACUCCUUUGAUCAGGUGCUCACGGACAUCACGGACGCUAUCAAGCUGGAUACGGGAGUGGUCAAGCGACUCUACACACUUGACGGCAAGCAGGUGACCUGUCUACAGGACUUCUUUGGCGAUGACGAUGUGUUCAUAGCGUGCGGCCCGGAGAAGUUCCGCUAUGCUUCGGACGACUUCCUCAUCGAUGAUGGCGAGUGCCGGGUGAUGAAGGCCUCUUACUCCAAGGUGACGGUACCACCACCGCGUGGCCUGAGGAGCCCCGGAUCGUCACGCCGGAGCAAAUCUCCUGUUUCAGUACGAGGAUCCAGCAUAUUUUCUACUGCUCGAUCGCCCGUGAGGUCACCUGUUACCAGUACUCCGAGCAGCCAGUUGUCUACCCCAAGCAUGGCCAAGUCGCCCAGCCCAGCCUCAACCUCGCCCGGUAGCCUGCGUCGUCGCAAGAGCCCGUCUUACAGCGGGUCUCACUCGUCCCUUGCCUCCCCGCGGGGAACCGAGCCGGACGACUCCCUCAAUGGGCCCAGCCCCGAGGGCUCCGUUAUUAAUGGAGGAAAGUUCCACCCUCCAUCGGCAAUCACGGCCAAGUACAAAAUCGGCAAGGUGAUCGGUGACGGAAACUUUGCGGUGGUGCGGGAGUGCAUCGAGCGAUCCUCUGGACACGAAUAUGCCCUGAAAAUCAUUGACAAAGCAAAGUGUAAGGGGAAGGAGCACAUGAUCGAGAGCGAGGUGUCCAUCCUGCGGCGCGUCAAGCACCCCAACAUCAUCCUGCUCGUCGAGGAGGUGGACACACCAUCCGAACUCUACAUGGUUAUGGAGCUCGUCAAGGGCGGGGACCUCUUUGACGCCAUCACGUCGUCCACAAAGUACACGGAACGCGACGCCAGUGGAAUGCUCUACAACCUGGCCAGCGCUGUGGCUUACCUGCAUGCGCUCAACAUCACGCACCGCGACAUCAAGCCCGAGAACCUGCUGGUGUGCGAGUACGAAGACGGCAGCAAGUCUCUGAAGCUGGGGGACUUUGGCCUGGCCACGGUGGUGCACGGCCCCCUCUACACCGUGUGCGGCACGCCGACCUACGUCGCGCCCGAGAUCAUUGCCGAGUCCGGUUACGGCCUCAAGGUGGACAUCUGGGCAGCCGGAGUCAUAGCCUAUAUCCUCCUGUGUGGCUUCCCUCCUUUCCGAGCGAGUGAUGGCGAUGAUCAGGAGGCCCUCUUUGAUCAGAUCCUGGUGGGGCAGCUGGACUUUCCAUCCCCGUACUGGGAUAACAUCUCACUCACUGCUAAGGAGCUCAUCUCUCGGAUGCUGCAGGUGGACGUGGAUAAACGGUUCUCCGCUGAGCAGGUGUUGGCUCACCCAUGGGUGGCGGAUGACGUGGCGCAGGACGAGGACAUGAGGAUGUCGGUCAAAGGGAAGAUCGAGAAGCACUUCAACGCGGGCAAAGCGGGUGGGCUCUCGAGCGCCGGAAUCGCCGUCAUUACCACCACUUCCCUCGACAAGGAGGGGAAGGUGUUUAGGGGCCGUCGCCAGCCCGGGUUGCCCCGGGUGGCCGGGGCGGUGGGGGGAGUGGCGGUAGCGGAGGCCGCGGCAGCGGCGCCAGGCGGUGCUAACCGCCUCUCCACUGCCAGCGAGGACCAAACGACAUCGGAGUCGGGGAACUACUCGCCCGGUUCCUCUGAGCCUCUGCAGUCGCCCUCAUCGCCUUUCUGAGACCACGUUUUCCAACAACAACAACAAAAUGUUGAAAGGCUGACCAUAAAAUUGUUAAAUUAAACUGGGAACACAUUUAUAAUCUUGAGGUGUUUACAUGCACAUCUUCCCCAAAAUGCUGACAAAAAAUCAUAACCGCAAGAUUCAGCUUGAGGCCCGGUGAAAAAGACCAAUGAAUCAUUGGCCCUGUCCUCAUAUUCCGAGUUUGUGAGCUGCUCAGCCCACGAAUGAGUCUCUUAAGGGCACUAAUCCAAAUUGCUUUGCUCGGAUAAAAGCAUUACUCUGAAGAUAUUACCAGAGGUGUGCGCUCUGCAUGUCUCUCGCUCGCUGUGAGCCAUCUGAUGAUUCUGCCCACACUGAAGAAGUUCACCAGUGGGGCGAUGGCUCAAACCUCAUGUCUACAAAUUCCACGCAUCGUCUGCCACUCUUUGUGAGUCACCCAUCGCCGCUUUUGCCUCUGGAUUCGAUUUUAAGUCUUACGGAACGUACGUCACCGUAACCCCCCCCCCCCUAUAUAGCCAUGGCAUGCCAUGAUGUUAAAUAGCAAACAUUUGAUGGAAAUGUUUAGUACAACCUGCUGACAAAUGGGAAAAUGAAGACUUAGAAAAUUAUGUAGGAAAAAUGUGCUUCGAUAAGGAUGUCAGUCUUUUUGCACCUUGCAGCUCCAUUAUAACAGCAAAGAGUCAUCUGGCACUGGCAAAGCGUCUGAAUUCAUCGUAACUUAUAAUUUAUUAAACGCGGUCUUAUUACUUUGCGGCUAACUGUGGCGUGUUAAGAUAUUUUCUCCUGUAUGCGACAUCGCGUAGAGACUCGCUCGUGUGAGUUAUAGACACUAAACCCGUCACUUCACGGUACUGAUGCUGUGGCACCAUCAGCAGACUCGUCAUCUCUUUGAUGUCUUGGUUCCCUGGUGGACUCUGGCUUCUUGUGACGACACACACCAAGAGAGGCUGCCUCGGAGACGAUUUCAAAGUAGUCGCCCCUUUACAAAAUGGACCAGUCCAAGCUAAAUAUAUCAGCCAAGUCUGGAAGAGUCGUGCUGUUACCCUGAAAUGAGAUAUUUAAUCUGGAUCGUGCCAUUCGUGUCCAGGGGUUCUGACUCUUGGCCAGAUGUGUAUUGGUGCCUGUAUGUCACCACGGUAAUGUAGGGCUCGUUUCAGCAAAGCUAUGAUUUCCUUACAAUUUGUGUAUAUUUUUCCUCAGACCAAGUUCACAGAAUGUUACGUUAAAUUCUACUACCCGAGUCGAACACUACACAGAGUGCUCACUUGUGGCAAAUGCAGGCUGAGCGUGUGACCAAACAGAACAUUUCUUCAGGAUUUUCGUGAGCAUGUAAAAAACAAGAAAAAAAAGACUGCAUUAACCCAGCAGCCAAAUUCAUGUCACACAAGUCCUGGAAUGUGAACGAAUACUUUGAGAAACCAGAAAAGAGAGACUGUCAUUCUCGCAUAAGACACGUUUAAAAUAAAUACAAGAAACCCAUCCAUAAUACAUGAAAAUCACUUCAAUGAAAAUGCAGCCACUAGGUGGCCCUGAUGGGUCCAAGCGUCCCAGAGUCCCUUGCAAUUGUCGACCGAGAAACGGGGGGGGGGGGGGGGGGGGGGCUGACUUCUCUGUUCUCAGUGCGUCGCUCAGAUCAAGUGACUGACGAGUGGUUAUUGAACAAGUGAUGACUGGCCACUAAACCUGGUCGCGUCUACCCAAGAAUGGCGUGGCCACAGCGUUACAAUGUUUGUCGUGAGUGUGGAUGCAAAUAAAAAGCAACUUAACGCAACUGCAAGGAUUUAAAUCGAGCAGUGCCAGGUCUCCCUUGCAAUGGAAGACUUUCUGUUACUGGCAAACUUGCUGAUUUCAAUGCGUCAAUAAUAUAUUUCUCCAACCAUGGAAGCAGAAACUCUUGAGCCCAUCCGGAUAACCCGCGUGUGGCCAGAGCCGCGUACGUUUGCUUAAUCCAGAGAACGGGUGUCUGGCAACAUAACGUCGACAAAUUGUUAAACGAAAAAACUCAACUGACCCGUUGGGGAGGCUAUGGGGCUGGUGGAUCGUUUGUGGAUGACAGCACAACCGGUGGUGCGGACGCUGCGACGAGCAGCCGGGUGCCCUCUGGACGAAUGUCAACGGAGGCGGCAAACGCCGUGGCUUUGCGUGGCCACCGGCUGGGCAAAUUCGCGCACGCGCCGCUGUCGAAAUAAUACUGUACUUUAUUUUCUAUUGUGGUGAUUCGUAACGUCUCCAGUGCUUAACUACUGUCUACGAUGAGCAGGGAGCUGGUGGCGGGUGUUGUCACCAGGAUUGUUCUUUUUUCUAAUACUUCAUUUCGAUUUUGUUCACGUAACAAAUAAACCACCCCAACACCACCCCAAUCCCUUACGUGAAAUGGGUAACAAAGGAGUAAAGUUUGGCUCAAGAUAAAACAAAUCUCGCUUCCAGGUCUUGGUUUCUUGAAGCACAGUGACGGGGCAGGCACGCAUAGAGACCCUGUCUGUCCAGCCGAGAGCAGCGCAGCUGAACGAUUGUGGGCCGCAAUAUAUAUUGGUUUAGAAUGAAUUAGGUAACAAUAAAGGAAGAACGAAUCACGGAGAAGUUAAAAAUGUAAACUGUUCCUAUGACCCCAAAGUUAAAACAAAUUUCGCCGUUGGAGUGGCUUGUGAUAAUGGAAUAUUUUAAAUGGUUUGGUAUGAUUACAUGUUAGGGCGUCCACUUGAAUAUUAUCUCUGUUAGUGAGUAAUUUAUCCAAUGCAUGGGGGUGUCCCCCUUUACCAUUAUGGUCAUUUUGGUGUGCUUGGAGAGGCCUUUAUCCAACAGUAGAUUGUACACGGUUUAAAAGUAAAACUAAGGUGUUGGAUCAACCAUAGCCGACGUUGCGAAAGCUAUAACCAUCUACAUGUCAAGUGUAGCCGGCUGAGAUUUUACAGGACAGAUAGUCCUGUACUUUUUAAAAAAGGGAACAUUGGUGAUUUGUGCUUUUUGGUUUCUCUGAGCAGCUUCCUGAAGUCGGCUUUGUUCACAGCUGCGGUCCUAGAGACCUCACUGACAAUGUCGAGAUUUGAAUCAAAAGCCCUCAUCGUUCGACUAUGCUGCGGUUCCACUUGCAAGUUAAUAUCAUGAGUCAUUGAGCCAGAUCACUGGUUAUUUUUAUGUAAAUGUUCACAGGAAAAAUCGCAGAAAGCUUCUCAUUAAUUUUAGAGCUUCAUAAGUACUUACAGAAGUGUAUGAAACAGAGGCUGUGUGUGUUUUGUGGUCUCCGGAGUAGAUACAUAAUUUUAAAAGAGGGAAGUUUAUAUGAUGUAUAUAUGUACUAUCGGUAAAUCCCCUAACGGUAUAACAUAGUAAUCUACUGCAAUAAAUAAAAUUCAUGUAGCGUGAUGUCCAACUUAUACGCUAUUGUAUAACUAGUAAUAACAGCCGUUUGGUUCUUUAGUCCAGUCUUCGGGUCAGUGUGAAUACCAGACUCGGGAAUGUUCCGAUCAGAUUGUCAUCAAGUCAGUGGGAGAGGCUACCCCAGUGUGGUUUGCUUUACCUUGUAUAUUGAUUGUGAUUGGCUUGUGAUUGGCUUCUGGUGGCUUAAGAACUGCCCAUUGCCACCUGUUGAUUGAACAGAGAGAUAGAUACAAGACGAUAAUUUCAAGCUCACGAAAGUGACAUUGCCUAUAGCAUUGCAUCAGCCAGCGUUUUAGAAAUGCUUAUAUACAAUGCUAAAUAAAAUUUCAAUAGUCAAAUUGGAAACAAUAAUUAGUGAGCUGUCAGUAGAAUAAUAAGAUUAUUUACAGAAAAAAUGUUGCAUUUUGAAUGCAUGAAAUUGAUUGCAUGACAAUAAAACAUGCAAAAGCAUGCGAGAAAAAUAUACAACGCGGCCCCUAACAAAGACGUGGACAUUGCAACGCCUGCACGUGUAGUUUCACAAAUAACUGCAGCCAUAGGCUCCAUCAUUUGCGAGCGUGAGCAUGUGGGCAUGCGCUCUUGAAAGCCGAACUGGGUUGGCCACUCCAUACGGGAAUUGAGCCACGGUGUUGCUGGGGCAGCGAUCGGUGGGUACGAGGAUGAUUGAUAAUGUUGAUCAUUACUGUGUGUUUCGGACGCGCGAUGCGAGGGAAACUGACCGAACAGACUCCCGACAGCUGUAGCGUUGUUAUAAACAUGCCGCAUACGCACAAGGUGUGGGCGACGCGUGAGCUUGCCAGCCGCCGUCGCCAUCGCACGCAGUCCACCUCUUCUUUGUCCAGCGGUCAGUCAUUGCGCAAUUAACGCAUGCGUGGGUGCCGGUUGCAUGCGACCCCAAGGAUUGCUGGUUGACCGUGGGGAGACGGACGGGACCGCGUGCUGUCGUGCAUUGCUCAUCGCUGUUUGGUGUUGUAGGGGAGUAAUUUCAGCUUAGUUAUACCAUACAUACAUUCGUGCAGACGGGGGUUGUUAAAACUGUGCCCGGGGGGAAUGCUGUGCGGUCAGGUGCCACCCUGUGAAUAUGCAGUUUGAGAUCAAGGCCAAAGUGAGGCCACGUCAAUGGAAAUUUUGAAAUCCAGAUUACCAAGAGGGCCUGACCACAGCGAUCCACUUGCACAUUUUAGACUGCUCCAUGCACAGCUGUGAUGCUUGAGUAGACCACUCUGUCCUCUUCACGUUUUAUCAGAUGGCAAGUAGGCUGAAAAUGAAUAAAUGAAUCAAAACAUAUACAUAUAUAACUGCUGGUCACACAUACCCUAUUAGCGUAACAUGUCCAACGUAAUCGUAUUGCGUAUGCCUUUGGAGAGCCAGCUCCUAAGUCGAUGUCCAGAACUGAUAGCCAAAGGAAUUACACCGACAAAACAGUCAUCACUGGGUCCCUUGACUACACCUCUGCCUCCCAGUUGCGCGUGCGUACAUUACAAUGUGCAGCAUGGUGUCCGUCAGCAUUUUUAUUUCGAGGCGGGGGUGGUGCAGCACGCGCGCGGAUUCCAACCUCCUGGGAAUCCGAUCUCUCCAUCGUAGCGGUUGCAUCGCGCGUGUUGCAGUCCGUGGUGGAUUGCAACACGCGCGCUCUUCUCGAUCCGUGUACGCCGCGCCGCUUUCAUCCCCGUUUGUGCUCGUCAGUGCUUCGUUAUACCGCGCGCCGCGAGGAGAUCAAAUAAAACUUUGCUACAUUCGAGGAGGCA